AAACUCUCCUUUACGCGUUCAUCUUGACUUUAUAGCGCUUGUUAGCAGCUAUUCAACGGCAUAUCUGAAGCUCAGUAGCUGCGGCCGUCGACAUGAACACUUUCGAGUGGCAGCCAGAAUAUGACGCGAUUCUCGAUCGUAUAGCCUCGACAGAUACCGUAGACACAGAAUGGCCGAGGCUCAGAGAUCUUAUCAAGUAUAAGAUCCAAAAGAAUGUUGAACAGUAUCUAGCGAACCUAGUGCCGGAGGACAAUGCCGCAAUCUUGCUCAUGUCUCGUAAUCCACCAAGGAGCACUCCUAACGGUGGCUUGAAAAUUCCACCAUUCCCUCCUCGAAUACGCCUGGAGGGCAACCCCAACGAGGCCCCGAAACACGCUCUGACCGAAGCGGAGGCGAGCGAUUUUAGAGACAUCAUCUACAGAAUGCUAGACGACUUUGAAGGGCCACCAUUCACUAUUCAACGCGUCUGUGAACUAUGCAUACAUCCACAAAAGCACUACAAAUACGUCGGUAAAUACCUACGUGCCGUAGAAAAGACUCUUCUGGUAACCUCAACCUGGGACGCAUUCCCGAUACCGUCGGGAACCGACACAAGUCAACCAUCUUUUAGCGCAGGCGUGAUCAGCAGUGCGACACUAUCAGCACCAUCGACCCCAAUAUUCUCGCCCAUUCCAUUCCUCCAUGGGGACGCACGACGGUCACAAUCACGCAGUCCUCCACCAUCGCCGUUGGCUCUGGCGGCGGUGGCGGCGGUGGCGACAGGAAACGGGUCAGAUGUAGACGAAAAGCCUCUUGGGCUUGUGGAUGAACUGGACGAUCCAAGCCCUGGACACCUCAGUGAUCACCUACAACCAAUUUCCUCCACCACAUCUGUAGGCUCCAAACCAAUCAUCCCGAGUCUGGGUGACCGAUUUGUCAGUUCAACGACGGAGACAAAUUUGGAUACUGUGCAGACGUUGCAACCAUCAGCUGAGGCGGAAGAUGGGGAUAGGAUGCAGGUGGAUGAAGAGUCGGAGGAUAAGGAGAACAAGGCUGCGUGAGGGUAACUUAUUAAGUAUUUGUUUUGCUAGAUUUAUAGUGCUUUGCUCUCGUACCAGACGGGUAACCCCAUUGCCCCAGAGAAACUCUUCAUAUUGCACAUUACGCGAAGUCCCUCUUAAUCUUCUCUAACAUAGCGUUCAUUCGUAAACGCAUAUCGGGCUGUCCACGGCCACGUCCUCGUGCAUGAGUUCCUUGCCCUCUAUCUCCGCCUCUUCCUCUUCCAUAAUGACCUGUGCCCCGUAAAGAAUGUGAUUUAUGGGUAUGGAGU